AAAAGGAUAAUACUAAACGGAUAUUGGAAGUGCAUUACUGCUUCAUAAUGCUAGUGAAUGUUACCUUGAUCCCGUUCUUUCUGGGUAUCGUCGCAAAUGUUUCAGAAGAUUCGUAUUUUAAUCCAGAAUAUUUAUACAAGAUGAAUAAAAUCAAGAUAGAAUACGGAGUGUACGACGAUAUAACAAAAUUAAACUCUACAAUAGCAUGUCAUCCCAUUCAAAUGAAAAUUCUGCGCUGUUACUUGUAUGAUAUCACGUCGAAUUAUUUGGACGAAAAGUUUAUAUUGAGCAAUCUCCAAGGAAAGUGGUUUGAGAUGGAAUUCAAUAAUCGUGGUGUACUGAAUGCAUCCAAACCUAAAUCCAACGUUCCCAAGAACUCUAGAAAUUUUAUUCGAGAUAUUGUUUCUCAAUUUAACAUAAAUAUUAAUAUAAAGAUUCAUGGAUUCGAGGAAGAUAGGUAUUUGGGUAUCAUGAACGAAAAUACACUAAUAGGUAUUUGCACAACUACAUACAAUACAGCUAUAAUAUAUAGAGAGAAGAAUGCAAAUGAACAAAUGGAUUCCAAUUUUCAAAUUAGAUUGUUAAAGAAUCACUUCUUUGACCAAAAAGAUUUACACGUACACAUUGUGAAAAAUAGGCAGAAUUGCACUUAUUCAUCAGAUUUUGUCAACUUUUUGAAAGAUGGAAAAGUGACAACAUAUGAUCAUAUAAUAAAAUUGAUCGAUAAUAAACUAAAAUUUAUUACCACAUUGGAAAUGCGAUUAUUUUAUUCAAGAAACUCUAUGGGAAGACCCAAAUUUAAAGAAACAACGGAAUUAAACCUGAUUGAUAUCAGAGCUCGAAAAUAA